UAGUUCUAUUGGAAUUUGUUCUAAAACUGUUUUAAUUUAUUUUAGUUGCUACCAUCAAUGUCAUGUGUGGCAAAGACUACAUUACUAUCAUGGUGAAUGAGGACUUUUUCCAGUACUACAAAGUACCUAUGGAAUCUCUGCACUUGAAGAAUGAGUCUUGUCGUGCCCAAAAGGAGGUUAUGUCUAACGUCCCAUACUACAUUGUGCGGAUAUCAAAGGAUCAGUACAUUUCCUGUGGUGGUAAACCACUGGAGAAAAACAUCACUCACAUUGCAUACGCCUUAACUCUCAUGUCGGCCCCUCAAGUCUAUGGAAAUAUAAUAAGAGACCCAAUGAUAAAAAUUGAGUACACGUGUAUCUACCCAUACAUCCGCACUGUCAGUUUGCCGUACCCCAUCAUCCCCUUCUCUAGUGAGACUGUGAUGCGGAUGGGUGAGUUGGAUGCCAAGGUGGAGAUGGCCCUCUUCACAGAUCACACCUACACAGAGGCGUUCCAAAGCUCACCGCUGAUCCACCUCCGGGACAGGGUGUAUGUGGAGAUCAAGGUCGUGGAGCUGGAGGACGUCUUCCACUUGAGGGUGAAUGAAUGCUGGGCCACACAGUCCCCCAAACCCAACCAGUCAGACGGCUCCGUUCACACCCUGCUGCGCAAUGGGUGUGUGAAUGACGAAACUGUCACCUUUCUCAAUACGACAAUGGGCGCCAAUGGAGAGGCCUCAACCAUCCGGUACAGCUUUGACAUGUUCCGCUUUGUUGUGGAGCCUCAUGACCUGUACCUGCACUGCACAGUGCGCUUGUGCUCCCUGGAUGAUGACGAACCCUGCAUUCCUGAGUGCAAAUCUAUAACCAAGAGGGCUGCAGUGCGUGGAGACCCAACUCAAGGUCUACUGUCAUAUGGACCAAUCAGGAUUGACAUACCAGACCGACCCCAAUCUAAUCUGCUGCUGCUGAUGAUUCCUGUGGCUGGCAUCUGGGUCCUGGGCCUCUUCCUCCUCGCCCUAAUCACCAUCGCUAAGGCAGGAAACCGACGACUGUCACAGCUAGCAAACCGCUGAAAUCCAACUUGAAUAAAAAUAAUAAUUUCUAUGACAAUUAAAUGAGUCCCUCUCUGCAGAAAUGUUGUGCCUUUGACAUUUUAUAAACAUGACUUACCACAGAGCUCUGAGCAUUCAGCCCUGUAGUUCAAUGUGGCUGUGGGUUACAAACAAGUUCAAACAUGAGUUACUGGUUUAAAUCAUGACUGGGCUCAUCAAACACCAACUCCUAUUAUAGUGUAGUGAUUCUUAGCUGUCAGCAGAUGGCAGUAGGAGCCAACUGGGUGGUCGGUCUAUAAUUCAUCCCCAGGGGGAGGGGAGUUUAUUUUCAAGAAAUUGCUUUGUCUAAUAGACUUCUUCCCACAGUAUGUAGGCUACAUUAACUUUCCUCCCGAUUUCUCUAGCAGAGUCACUGCUCUGUUUGUCUUCUCAGAAGGCAGUGAGUUUAUUGGACUCAAUGUAAUCCAGGAUCGCCUGCAAGAGGAAUGCGGUGGUUUAACUCAAAGAAGAAAUGCUGUUCUUACCUUUAGCUCAUGUGGGCCAUUAAGAACUGGGCAUGAAUGGAAAACUGACUCACGCCUUAAAUAACCCAUGAUCACAUAUAUUGGGAUAAUUUCUACCAGUUCUAACCCGAACUGUUUCGCAAACGAUCCGAUUUCAGCGCGCCACGACCCAAUGCCCAGUGGUUGAACUGCGGAGAGAACUUGAACACAAACUGGAUUUUGAACUCAACCAAAGAGUUUGACUAUGCAGUCACAUAGCAGAUCACUUGACGGCAAUUUUCAAUCACAUCUGAAUGACAGUCCAUUGCACGGGCGAACGAGGCUGCAUAAAAAUGGCAUCUCUCUGGAGAAGCGCUUCUCCGAGGCUGUGGAAACAAAUAAUGGCCUUAAUCGUCUUGCUCUUGCGCAACAGGCUUGUUACCAAUGCGGACGAAGACCAUUUCAACGCAGAGCUCUCACGCCAUCUAUCUAUCUCUGUUGUAUAAUUGUAGUCGUGGUGGCGGAGGUUUGGCUACCUGUCUCAAGCCAGCAGACAGAUGUCAACCAUGCAGUAUGGAUACCACUGGCAGCCUCCCAUUUCUCUCCCUCCAGGUAUUGACCUCUUCCUGGUUGCGGUGCAUGAGCUAGGCCAUGCUCUGGUUCUGGGGCACUCUGAUGGCUCCCCUUUACCAGUACAUGGACACAAAGAUCUUCUCACUCCCAGAGGAUGAUAGGAAUGGAAUACAGAAGAUAUAUGAUACUGGCGUUUUGAUGAAGAGUUUCGCACCGGUGACAGCGACUACCCGAAACCUGUCUCCAGGUGGGGCAAGGUCCCAUCCUCUGCUACCACCGAAAUAUACUCCUGGGCUACAAUAUCCGGACCCCUUCAACAGCCGGUAUGGGGCAUGGAACCCCGCAGAUCCCCUACGACUGGAAUACCGACAUAAUCUGCCCGAGGACUACAUUUACAUUUACAUUUAAGUCAUUUAGCAGACGCUCUACAGGCCCCUCAGGUGCGACGUCACCGCACGAAGAGGCAAAAACAGUCCUACCC